CGACGCUUUUCUUUCCAAAGCAAAGCCAGACAGCAGACAAAACAAAAAAGUUUUUGUCUUGAAAAAUUUUGCUUUCACUUUAAAAAUAUAACAAGUUUUCUGAAUCACAAUUUUUCAUAUAAAAUACUCAAAUAAUAGUAAAUGAAUCCUAAUAUAACAAUCGAACGAAAACGCAUAGAAUGCAACUCACUUCCCAAAGGAUGGCAACGAGAAGAAGUCCUUCGCAAGUCUGGCAUAUCAGCCGGAAAAGUUGAUGUUUAUUAUUACAGUCCCAGUGGUAAGAAAUUUGAUAGUAAACCCCAACUAGCACGACAACUAGGUGACACUAUUGAUAUAUCGGCAUUUGACUUCCAAUCUGGCAAGACCAUACAAAGUCUGCCACCGCCGUCCAUAUCCUUGCAUCGUUGUAGCAGCUCAUCAUCGAGCUCAUUGAAACGCAAGUAUAAAUCUCAAUUUGGAUCAGGAGUGCCACAACCACCAUCAGCGAUUCCAUCACCGACAAUACCACCACCGUCAUCGACCGGUGGGGGUGGAUUUGUUGGAUCACCAUCCUCUAGUUUCUCCCAUAGCAUCUCAGCCACCAGUAGCGGUAGUUCCUCACUUCCACCAUCGACUCUAAGACAACAUCUUGAGUUCAGCCGUGCUUUUCGCACAGAUGUAUCUCUUGUACCUCCUAUUAGACAGACAGCUUCUAUAUUUAAACAACCCGUUACUGUUGUCCGAAACCAUGAAAAUGGCAAAGUAAAACAUGAUCUUAAGAAUGGCAAUCAGGAGAAGCCAAAGCAACUUUUCUGGGAGAAACGUCUUGAAGGACUGCGGGCGUGCAAUAUUACAGGCGAAGAGUUUGACAACAUUGAGCUGCCUCGUGGUAUCAGAUCGGUCGGACCAAAUGUAGACGAGCAGACUGUGCUGCAGUCUGUAGCCACAGCUCUUCAUGUGCAUAAUCAACCAGUUACUGGUCAAACAUCUUCAAAGACGGAGCUUACAAAAAACUCUGGGGCUUUUUUGAAUCCCGAUCAACCGCUAAUGCAGUCGAUUGUAAUAUCGGAGGAUGAUAUUCGACGUCAGGAGGAUCGCGUCAGUGUUGCCAGACGAAAACUUCAAGAAGCUUUAAAAAUUUAAUAAUUCAAACUGAAAGCUAAGAUGUUUCAGUGAAAAUUUAAGGAGGCUCUGCGUGCAAUGUUUGAAUUAAGAUCCGGCACGAGUUUGAUCAAUUAAGGUGUAAAUGAAUAAGGUAAAGAAUCUGUAAUUUUUGGGCAAAAUAUUAUCAAAACUAAUAUUUUUACGACUUUGUAAUGCUAAAUUAAUAGCACAAAAUAUACUUAAAACACAUCGAGAAAACUGGCAUAACUCAAAAAUCUUAA